UGUUUCAGAAGGGAAGGUGGGGCUAAAUUAGCCACGUCCGGACAAAAAAAAGGUUAAUUUAGCCAAAUGAAGACAAAACAGAAGCAACAUGUUGGGUUCAAAUCCUUUUGGGGUAAAUUUAUCAAAAUACCCUGGGUCUUCUCUCUGAAUCUGAGGCCCAACGCGUAAAUCACACACACACAGAACAAGCGAAGGAGAAGGAGAGAGAUGGAAGACAAGGACCUUCACCAAGUCGACUCGGUUCUCGAUUUGGCCUCGACCAGUUCGACCGUGUCGUCGAUCUUCGGCAGCGACGACGUUCCGAGUAGCUCCGGCGAUAUCUCCGCCGCGAGCAGCAGUUUCAGCGAGAUUCCUUCGGCCUUGUUGGCGGUGCCGCUGAGACUGGUGGUGGGACCGCCGGUGUUGGAGGCGGCGUCUGUGGCGGUUUCAGGGAGAGUGAAGUGCGUGGGGAGGAACAACAAGGGGGUGACGUGGGGGUUCACGUCGGUGAUAGGGAGAAGGAGAGAGAUGGAGGACGUCGUCGCCAUCAUGCCUGGGUUCAUGACUCGCACGUGCAAUCACGUGGAAGGGUGCACUGCCUCUGGUUCUCGAAGCUCUGGCGAGAUCUCGCCCCUCCAUUUCUUCGCCGUUUAUGAUGGCCACAGUGGCUCUCAGAUCAAUCCACUCCAAGUUCUCUACGAGAUUGAGAAUCAUGAUCAAGCUGUGAAUACGCCCACUCACUCUUUCUAUCCUCGAUUUGUUUCGUCGCCGACUUGCACAUUCGCAUCAACGCUCGUGCAUCAUUCUUCGGCUGCUGGCGCGACAAAGGAAUUGAGCCGCGUCACGCCACGCCGCGAAGGAUCUGGUCCGUGAGAAACGGUGUCACAUUGACGCCGUUGUUAUUGUUGUUCUCAGUCAGAGAAUGAGAUGGUCUCGCCAUCAACAUCAUCGAAGAGUACAGAUGUAUCAGAGAAAUAGAGAGAGUGUGUGUGUGUGUGUGAAGAUUGAUAAGGCUUGGUGCAUCGUUUAAAGAAAACGAAACCCUAGGUGGACAGAUUGGAAAUAGAUUGUAUGGAUUUUGGUGUGGUGUAAUUGCAUUUCAGAGGAGGAUGGUAUGGAUCGUGGUGUGGUGUAAUUGAAUUUCAAAGGAUUUUUGUAUGGAUUUUUCAAUUCUAUAAUUUUUUUAUUUUUAUUUUUUUGUGUAGUCGUUGUUGUUGAUAAUGAUAUACUGAUUUUUAAUGCCCAAUUAGAAGCAAGAAAUUUGAGAAGAUUCAUGGGAAUUUUGGAUCUAAUUUUGAUUCAAAUGGUGAGUUUUACAUAAAAACCCCAAUUGAUCAAGAUUUGGUACCUCCUGGGUUGAGGGUAAAGAAAUUCAAUGACAGAUAUUCAAUUCUUAUUGGAAUUAGACCAAAGAGUUGGGAAUUCUUGC